AUGGAAGAGCCACAAACAAGGGGGCAGGGAAGACUCACAAACAAGUGGGGACAUGGAAGAGCCACAAACAAGGGGGCAGGGAAGACUCACAAACAAGUGGGGACAAGGAAGAGCCACAAACAAGUGGGGACAUGGAAGAGCCACAAACAAGGGGGCAGGGAAGACUCACAAACAAGUGGAGCAAGGAAGACCCACAAACAAGUGGAGCAAGGAAGACUCACAAACAAGUGGAGCAUGGAAGACUCACAAACAAGUGGAGCAAGGAAGACCCACAAACAAGUGGAGCAAGGAAGACCCACAAACAAGUGGAGCAUGGAAGACUCACAAACAAGUGGAGCAUGGAAGACCCACAAACAAGUGGAGCAAGGAAGACUCACAAACAAGUGGAGCAUGGAAGACUCACAAACAAGUGGAGCAUGGAAGACCCACAAACAAGUGGAGCAAGGAAGACUCACAAACAAGUGGAGCAUGGAAGACUCACAAACAAGUGGAGCAUGGAAGACUCACAAACAAGUGGAGCAUGGAAGACCCACAAACAAGUGGAGCAAGGAAGACUCACAAACAAGUGGAGCAAGGAAGACCCACAAACAAGUGGAGCAAGGAAGACUCACAAACAAGUGGGGACAUGGAAGAGCCACAAACAAGUGGAGCAAGGAAGACUCACAAACAAGUGGGGACAAGGUAGACCCACAAACAAGUGGAGCAUGGAAGACUCACAAACAAGUGGAGCAUGGAAGACCCACAAACAAGUGGAGCAAGGAAGACUCACAAACAAGUGGGGACAUGGAAGAGCCACAAACAAGUGGAGCAAGGAAGACUCACAAACAAGUGGAGCAAGGAAGACCCACAAACAAGUGGAGCAAGGAAGACUCACAAACAAGUGGAGCAAGGAAGACCCACAAACAAGUGGAGCAAGGAAGACUCACAAACAAGUGGGGACAUGGAAGAGCCACAAACAAGUGGGGACAUGGAAGAGCCACAAACAAGUGGAGCAAGGAAGACCCACAAACAAGUGGAGCAAGGAAGACCCACAAACAAGAGCCGCUGUACUCUGGUGAGGAGCCUCUGUACUCUGGUGAGGAACCUCUGUACUCUGGUGAGGAACCUCUGUACUCUGGUAAGGAACCUCUGUACUCUGGUAAGGAACCUCUGUACUCUGGUGAGGAGCUUCUGGAUGAUAGAGAGACAGGGAUUGACAGCUCUGGCCGUCACUCUGGUACUGACAGCUCUGGCCGUCACUCUGGUACUGACAGCUCUGGCCGUCACUCUGGUACUGACAGCUCUGGCCUUCACUCUGGUACUGACAGCUCUGGCCUUCACUCUGGUACUGACAGCUCUGGCCUUCACUCUGGUACUGACAACUCUGGCCUUCACUCUGGUACUGACAGCUCUGGCCUUCACUCUGGUACUGAUAGCUCUGGCCGUCACUCUGGUACUGAUAGCCCUGGCCGUCACUCUGGUACUGACAGCUCUGGCCUUCACUCUGUUACUGACAGCUCUGGCCUUCACUCUGGUACUGACAACUCUGGCCUUCACUCUGGUACUGACAGCUCUGGCCUUCACUCUGGUACUGACAGCUCUGGCCUUCACUCUGUUACUGACAGCUCUGGCCUUCACUCUGGUACUGACAGCUCUGGCCUUCACUCUGUUACUGACAGCUCUGGCCUUCACUCUGUUACUGACAGCUCUGGCCUUCACUCUGUUACUGACAGCUCUGGCCUUCACUCUGGUACUGACAACUCUGGCCUUCACUCUGGUACUGACAGCUCUGGCCUUCACUCUGGUACUGACAGCUCUGGCCUUCACUCUGUUACUGACAGCUCUGGCCUUCACUCUGGUACUGACAGCUCUGGCCUUCACUUUGUUACUGACAGCUCUGGCCUUCACUCUGGUACUGACAGCUCUGGCCUUCACUCUGGUACUGACAGCUCUGGCCUUCACUCUGUUACUGAUAGCUCUGGUCGUCACUCUGGUACUGACAGCUCUGGCCGUCACUCUGGUACUGAUAGCCCUGGCCGUCACUCUGGUACUGACAGCUCUGGCCUUCACUCUGGUACUGACAGCUCUGGUCGUCACUCUGGUACUGAUAGCUCUGGUCGUCACUCUGGUACUGAUAGCUCUGGUCGUCACUCUGGUACUGACAGCUCUGGCCUUCACUCUGGUACUGACAGCUCUGGUCGUCACUCUGGUACUGAUAGCUCUGGUCGUCACUCUGGUACUGAUAGCUCUGGCCUUCACUCUAGUACUGACAGCUCUGGUCGUCACUCUGGUACUGACAGCUCUGGUCGUCACUCUGGUACUGACAGCUCUGGCCUUCACUCUGGUACUGACAACUCUGGCCGUCACUCUGGUACUGACAGCUCUGGUCGUCACUCUGGUACUGACAGCUCUGGCCGUCACUCUGGUACUGACAACUCUGGCCGUCACUCUGGUACUGACAACUCUGGCCGUCACUCUGGUACUGACAGCUCUGGUACUGACAACUCUGGUCGUCACUCUGGUACUGACAACUCUGGCCGUCACUCUGGUACUGACAACUCUGGCCGUCACUCUGGUACUGACAACUCUGGCCGUCACUCUGGUACUGACAGCUCUGGUCGUCACUCUGGUACUGACAACUCUGGCCGUCACUCUGGUACUGACAGCUCUGGCCUUCACUCUGGUACUGACAGCUCUGGUCGUCACUCUGGUACUGAUAGCUCUGGCCGUCACUCUGGUACUGAUAGCUCUGGCCUUCACUCUGGUACUGACAGCUCUGGCCGUCACUCUGGUACUGAUAGCUCUGACCGUCACUGGUACUGA